CCGCGCACACACAUCGCUGAGUGUUAUUGCCAAACAAUGCCGCGGGUGGGAUGAGAGAGGAGGAGGGCUCCUUCCCUCAAGGCCCACGCGGCUCCCCUCCGUCUCGAUAGUCUCCCGACGCGCCUGAGAAAACCUUUGCCCCGUUCACCGGAGCCCGAAGGCAAUUCGGAGCGGGGUUUUCGAGCGGUAGGAGAUGUGAAUUUUAAUGGCAGUGAGUGCGGUGGUGGUGGUGGUGGCGGUGGUGAUGAUGACAAUAAUAGCAGCAGUAGCAGCAGCAGCAGCAAAGCGAAGACAUUGACAAUAUCAGCAGCAGCAUCGGCAGUUAUGGGUAAAAAACACAAGAAACACAAAUCGGAGAGACGCGACUACAAAGCCGGUCUGUGUGAGGCCGCAGAGCGGACGGACAAACCGCUCCGCCUCGUGCUCAAGGUGGUGGGCGCCACGGUGGCAUCUCUGACCACCAGCUCGCCGGCCGCACCCGCAUCCACCACCGCCGCCGCCGCCACCACAACCACAACAGCCUCGAGCGUGACCACCGCCGCGAACACCGACGCCGCCAACACAACCGCCACCGCCGCCACGGCGCACGAGCCGCCGGUGCGCCAGCCCCCAGUCUCCGCCGCCGCCGCCGUAACCAUCGCAGCCGUCGCCAAGACCGGGCCCUCGCCUUCGCUUGGCUCGACUGACGGGCCGCAACCGGAGCCGGACGCCGAGCCGGAUCGGAACGCAGACUCGGAGCGGCACCGCGAGCGCCGGAAAAAAAAGAAGAAGAAAUCGGAGAAGGAGAGGGAGCGCCGGCCCGGUGAUGAGGAGCGCCGGCGCAGGAAGGUGGAGAAGAAGAAGCAUCGCGAGAAGGAGCAGAGCGGCAGCGACGCGGACGAGGAGUUCUCUCCACCCAAGAAGGUGGAGGUGAAGGCUCCGCCGGUGCCGGAGCGACCCCUGCGAGCCUGCCGCAACAAGGACCAAGGCCAGGAGCUCACACCGCUGCAGCUGUUACUUGAACACCUUUUGCAGCAGCUUCAAAGGAGGGACCCGCACGGAUUUUUCGCGCUGCCUGUGACGGACAUGAUCGCUCCGGGCUACUCCAUGAUCAUCAAGCACCCGAUGGACUUCAGCAGCAUGAAGGACAAGAUCGAACGCAACGCCUACCAGUCGCUCACCGAGUUUAAGGGGGACUUCAAGCUGAUGUGUGACAAUGCGAUGACCUACAACCGCCCGGAGACCGUGUACUACAAGGCAGCCAGAAAGCUCCUGCACACGGGAUUCAAGAUGAUGUGCAAGGAGAAGCUGCUGCUGCUCAAGCGGAGCAUGGUGUUCAUGCACAGCAUGGACCGCUCGCAGGAGGCCGCCAUCUACGGCGAGGGUGGCGGCUGCUCCUCCUCCUCUCCGCUGCUGUUGUUGCUGCCCGGCGGCGGUGGUGGCGCCGGCGCCAACAGCGACCACGGCUCCCUCUCGCCUGCCGAGCGCACCGAGGCCGGCCGGCGAGCACGCAAGUCCGGCAGGGACGCACUGAGCUUCCCCGCGGCGGCGGCGGCGGCCUACACGCCGGAGUCGAGCGCGUGCAGCCUCGCGGGCAGCAGCACGGGGGGCAGCAGCACGGGGGGGGGCAGCAGCACGGGCGAGGAGGACGUCACCGCGCUGGCCGAGCACGCGGCCGACGAGGCGCGCGAGCGCCUGCAGCACGGCCGCCCCCGCAGCAAGAUCGGGUUCCUCCGGCGGGACUGCGGUGGCUCCACGUCGCUGGCGGUCGUCAACCCUUCGGACCCGGACACCGAGGAGGAGGAGAUGUAUCCGGUGAACAUGGGCGUUCUCGUCGGAAAGAUUCAUCCAGGAAUCCCGGUGCCUCCCGGCUUCAGGGACGACCGACGGGGAAAGCUCAGGCCAGUGACGUACCUGAACUACGGCCCCUACAGCGGGCAGCCACCGGUGCCGCCGCCGCCACCGCCGCCGCCCUACGAAGGCCCCCUCGCCGGCCUGCUCGACGGCGCCGCCUCCUCCUCCCAGCUGCUCUACUCCACCUACGGGGACGACGCCGCCGUGCAGUACGCGCUCAGUCUGCAGGAGUUCGCCAAGGGCUGUGGGGAGUACGCGGCGCGUGUGGUGGAUGAUCUUCUCGACGCCCUCACCAGCGGGGAGCACUCACGCACGCUGCGCCUGCUACACGAGAAGCAGCAGCAGCAGAAGGAGAAAGUGGAACAGGUCAUCGUCGCUGCCCUGGCAGAAGAAACGCAGAUAAAGGCCGACCCGGGCGUCAGAAAAGUCUGCCACCCGAGCGCCGUUGAUUUUGCAUCGUUUGAACUGUCGCUGCUUGAGCCGUUUGGCAAGGAGAAGGCUGAAGGGAGCCAACAGGCCAGGCCAACGUCCGCCAUCUUGCAGGAGCCGCAGGUGCCUGGGGCCAACCAUGGCGACGGCCCGGCCGCGGGCCUCGUUGCCGCCCCCGCCGCGGUGGCCGCGGGCGACGUGGCUCCCAAGGCGAAGACGACAACGACGACGAUGACGAAGAUGAUGGUCGCCAUGUCGGCUGCCGGCACCGGGGCCCGGCCGUGCCCCGAGGAGGUGCCACCCCCGAGGCUCGUGCCCCAACCACCACCACCACCGCCGCCACCACCACCUCUCACUCCCUCGCUCGGGUCGCCGUCGCAGCUGAGCGCCAACGAGGUGGAAGACGACGAGAUCGACCGGGAGCUGCGCGAGUUCCUCCAGUCCCCGGGCUCCGACAGCGCCGCGUCGUAGCGGCACCACGCGGGCGGG